AUGCGCCAUCUUUCUUUCUUUCUUUUCUUCCAAAUUUAUCAUGCGUCUACUUUCUUUCUUUCCAAAUUAAUCAUGCGUCUUCUUUCUUUUCUUCCAAAUUUAUCAUGCGUCUACUUUCUUUCUUUCCAAAUUAAUCAUGCGUCUUCUUUCUUUCUUUCUUUCUUUCUUUUCUUCCAAAUUUAUCAUGCGUCUUUCUUUCCUUCCAAAUUUAUCAUAUUUAUCACGCAUCUUCUUUCUAUCUUUCUUCUCUUCCAAAUUUACCAAGUCUUUUCUUUUUUCCACAUUUAUCACGCGUCUUUUUUUCUUUCUUUCCAAAUUUAUCAUUCAUCUUUUCUAACUACUUGUUUGUUUCUUUUUUUUCUUUCUUUCUUCAUCGUCUUUUGCUUUUCGUCCUCUUUCUUCUUUCUUCUUUUUUAUACUUUAUCUUAUUUACAUGGAAGUUUGUGGGACUCUCUCUCUCUCUCUCUCUCUCUCUCUCUCUCUCUCUCUGUUCCUUGCUUUCCUGUUAGUGUUAGCGUCCAAUCCAUUUACUUCAGGACUUCAUAUCUUGUUUGGCAGAACAGCACCGCUGCUUUCACAAAGAAAAUGGCACACAGAGCAAAGAAAUCUGGCCUUGGAGCCGAUAUUGAACGCAAGAUGGAGGAGAGUUACGACAAAGAAGAAAAAGCUGGUACUCCACAGGCUGUUGUCACAUGGAUUAAUGCCGUGCUUGCGAAUAACCCAGACGUUACUCCAUGUCCCGGAUCAUCUUACAAUCAAAUUGCAUCUUACCUGAAGGAUGGAACUGUUUUGUGCAAAUUUAUCAACAAAUUGUUGGAGUGUGACGGCAAAUGCCACGUCAAAUUUACGAAAAAGGCUGCAACUCCUUUUGUCGCCAUGGCCAACAUUUCAGAAUUCGGCAAAGCUUGCGAAACAUAUGGUGUCAAUAAAGAAUUCCUCUUCCAAAGUAAUGACUUGUAUGAAGGCAAAAAAGGACCUAUGUUGAACGUAAUCAACAGCCUUCACUCUCUGGGAUUUGUAGCCAAUUCAAAAAUGUUCAUUCCAGCGUACACCGGACAACAGACAAAAUACAUUGAUCAGGACGAUGAGGAGGAAUAA